AUGGCCCAUCAAGGGUCCUCACAGUUUCCAAACCACAGCCAUGAUGACCAGGCAGCACACCUGCAAGGAUCUCCCUCCAAGAACAUAAUGAAAAGGCUAAGCACAUCACCGGUCAGGAAGAUGCCUGUCAUUAGUCGGAGCUCUGCAAGACUAUCGCCUGUACGACCGAGCCACAGCAGGGAGUUACCUAUGUAUCUCCAAACUACACCGAAGAGGCUCAAAUCACCGCCAUCGCUCCAGAGCUACCGACCAGUGAGCGGAACCGUCAGCGUGGAUCGUGCCCAAUUCAAAAACAACCUUGCGGAUAAAUCCGUUCAGCUCUCAUUCCCAACGUCUCCCAUCCGAUCAACCUACAGUAAUAGUACAACAACAGGAGGCGAUGGUUCAUUAAGCAGGAUACGGGCGAGGUUUGGUUCAGGGCUGCGAUCGCCUCAAAAGCCAACUAAUAAGGAUUACGCUCUUCCAGGGCCACCGAAGAAUCUUCUCCCCCAACUUGAAGAAGAGAGCGAGGACCCGGAGAGAAACUCCUCAGCCAAGCUCAACGAAAACGCUCUUGAAAGCGAUAAUGAGGUAUCAAAGUCCAUAAUGAAGCGACACGGGAGCCAAAACGGCUCUCAGGUCACAAAACCAAAGCUUCAGGCGAGGAAAAGUGUCAAGUUCGAACUCUCAAGCAGAGAAGGCAACGAUCAAAUUAUGAAAAAACUGUCUCAAAUGACGCAAAUGCUAGCAAAGGUUAUGGAGCGACAAGACCAGCUUGAGGCAAAGUUAGAUGCUAUGCAGCAUGCAAGGAUAUAG